AUGCGACUCGACAGCUCCGCUCUCUCCACCCUCAACAUUUUCCCCGUCGACAAAACCCGCGACUCCACCUCCAGGUUUCCUCGCUGCUUCGCCUUCACUCGCAGCCUUUUCGGCCUUCUCAACCACACUCUCACCGCCGGCAUGGGCGAACGGCUUCUCCGCCGCUGGCUCUGCCAACCGCUCAUCUCCAUCGAUCGCAUCAACACGCGCUUAGACCUCGUCGAGCUCUUUCUUCACGACGUUUCGCUCCGCAACGAGCUCCGCACGGGCUGCUUAAAAGGCCUCGUCGACAUCGAAAAGCUCGCGCAGCGCCUCGAACGCCGCGUUCGCUUCCGCCUCCAAGAUUUAUACGUUCUGAGUCAGGGCGUUUCCAAGCUGAACCGAAUCCUUAACACGAUGGAGAACAGCGAGCAUGCCUCCAAUCCCACGCUCCAAUCCGUCUUCAUCGACCCUAUUCGCGAUCUCAUCCAAUCCUUUGAACCGUUUCGCGAGCUCUGCGAUCACGUGAUCGAUCCCGACGCGCUCGCCAUGACGCCGCCCGAAUUUUUGGUGCGUCCAACCUACGACGCCACGUUGGAAUCUGUCGCGCAGCGCAAAAACCAGCUUUUCGCGGAGAUUACCGCGGUUUUCGACUCCGUCCGGGAACAGUAUUCCACGAUGGACGUGAAGUGCGAGCGAAACGCCCGGUUUGGAUUCUGCUUCCGCGUGUCGAGUCGGUUUCACAACGAAGUGGAAUCGAUUCCCGACGUGUCCGUGCUGCAAGUCCUGAAAAACGGCAUUUAUUUCACACUCGACGGUUCCACGUUUCCACUCGGGCGUUUCGUCAUGUAUAGCGACUUCCGCGGUUUGUCCAGCGAUUUUGAGGAGUGCAGAGCGGAGUAUGCCAAGGCCCAGGAACGAUUGGUCGCCUCCAUCAUCGACGUGGCUCGCACCUACGUUCCACGUUUCCACGUUUUCGCUUCGCUCGCCGCGCAAUUGGAUGUGUUAUUGUCCUUCGCUGAGGCCUCCUCCAUCGCCUCCAUUCCCUACACACGCCCUCAAUUCCUUCCCUCUACCCCCAUUGUAGGGUUUGGCAUUGCGGGACCAAUAGAUAUCCGGAUCGAGGAGGGACGACAUGCAAUCCUGGAAGUGCAGACGGGUCUGCAGUUCAUUCCGAACGAUUUGGAUUUGACUCCUCGGAACAAUAUUCCGCAGAACGUGUGCAUCAUAACGGGACCGAAUAUGGGUGGAAAGAGUACCUAUAUGCGGCAAUUAGGGCUCAUCGUGAUGAUGGCGCAGAUUGGCUGCUUCGUUCCCGCGAAAACCGCGGUUUUCCCGGCGUUUUCUGCGCUGUACACGCGCGUGGGCGCGUCGGACAACCAGUCCCGCGGGGUAUCGACGUUUAUGAGCGAGAUGAUUGACAUGUCAAACAUUCUGAGCGGGUGUAGCGAAGAUAAAGGGAAGAGUUUGAUUCUGAUUGAUGAGUUGGGGCGUGGGACGUCGACGUAUGACGGCUUGGGCCUUUCGUGGGGAAUUCUGGAGUUCAUUCUCCGGAAAAUCCCGAAUUGCUUCUGUUUGUUUACAACCCAUUUUUACGAACUCACAGCCAUCGCGAAGCAGUUCCCCGCGGUGAAGAACGUGCACGUGACGGCGUUGAACGGGGAGAAUUACAUCACGAUGAUGUACGGCGUGCGGGAAGGGCCGUCGGACAAAUCGUUUGGAAUUAACGUGGCGCAGCUGUGCAAUUUCCCGAAGGAAGUGAUUCGGGUGGUGGAUGGGACGCGAAUUGAGGCGUAG